AUGUCAACAGAGUCAGUAGUAAAUGAAGGCAGUGGUGAGCCAGGAACGUCUCGUGACACGGAAAGUGACGUGAUCGAGCGGCAAGGAGAGCAAGAGAGGGGUCGCGAGGAGUACCUGGAAGGCGUCGAGCGUCGCAUCGAAGCGUACGAGAAUUGCGCGGCGGCCCUUGCAGCAGUGACGACGUGUCUUGAAGGACUUAGUGGACAUCUGAACGCUAUGCAAGAAGCUACGCAUCAGCUUAAUGCAUUUACCAGUGGCUGGUUGGCAGUCUGGAAGCGGCCGUCGUCGUAG